UUUGAAAAGAACAGGAGGCCGAGUUGUGAAUUUAAAGCAAGAAAACUCUCUCUCUCUCUCGAUCUCUGCAUAUUCUUCGCAUCUCUGCGUCUUAAAUACCCCUCUUGUAUCCAAUUCGCGCUAUGCUUCCAAUCUCCUCCCGGCCGGACGACCUUCAAUUCUGCUCCUUGCACUAGUAUCCCGGUGCCCGUAGCCUCCAGAUCUGGCCGAAAAAUCAACCCCGACGAGUUUUAUUAUCUUUCCUUUGCUUUGCUAGGACGCUCGGUUUAGAGAUCGCGUAGUUAAUUGGAGGUCGGUUGGCAGUCGACAGAGUUGAAAUCCCAACCGCUUUUCCCCGGAUUUUGAUUUGCAUUGCUAGCCAGUUCUCUAUAAACUGUUAUGCUGGAUGGUAACGAUCACGUGUUAUUUUGAUUCAAUUCUGAAUGAAGUGAGGGUCUUUUCAGUUAAUUAAUGAACAACGGGAUGAUAGAGUGCAGCGUCUGUCAUUCCAAGUUGGUGUCUCCAAAUACCAAAGCUGUGUCAAGGGCUUAUGACAGAUACAGGAGCAAGAUAUCGUCAAAGCAACGGGCUCUCAAUGUCUUUUUGGUGGUUGGCGAUUGUAUCUUAGUUGGUUUACAGCCUAUUUUAGUUUUUAUGUCCAAGGUGGAUGGGAGUUUCAAGUUUAGUCCUAUCAGUGUUAACUUUUUGACAGAGAUUGCAAAGGUUCUCUUUGCUGUUGUAAUGCUCUUGUUACAGGCCAGGUCCCAGAAAGUUGGAGAGAAGCCGCUCCUCUCCAUUUCCACUUUUGUUCAGGCAGCUCGCAACAAUGUGCUACUUGCAAUUCCAGCAUUUCUCUAUGCCAUCAAUAACUAUCUAAAGUUCAUCAUGCAGCUAUAUUUCAAUCCUGCAACUGUGAAGAUGCUGAGCAAUCUGAAGGUCCUGGUAAUUGCUAUUUUAUUGAAGAUAAUAAUGAAGCGUCGGUUCUCCAUAAUUCAGUGGGAGGCUCUUGCUCUAUUGCUAAUUGGGAUUAGCAUAAACCAAUUGCGGUCCCUACCUGAGGGUACUACUGCUCUGGGUCUUCCUGUUGCAUCUGGUGCAUAUUUGUAUACACUGAUCUUUGUCACAGUUCCAUCUUUGGCCUCGGUCUACAAUGAAUACGCUUUGAAGAGCCAAUAUGAGACAAGUAUUUAUCUUCAGAACCUGUUUUUGUAUGGAUAUGGUGCUAUUUUCAACUUCCUUGGAAUUCUCGUAACUGCCCUUGUCAAAGGCCCUAGUAGCUUUGACAUCUUGCAAGGCCAUUCAAAAGCUACCAUGCUUCUUAUAUUCAACAAUGCAGCCCAAGGAAUACUAUCCUCCUUUUUCUUCAAAUAUGCAGAUACCAUAUUGAAGAAGUAUUCAUCAACUGUUGCUACUAUAUUCACUGGAAUAGCAUCUGCUGCUUUAUUCGGGCAUACCCUGACUAUAAACUUCAUCUUAGGAAUUUCAGUUGUUUUCAUCUCAAUGCACCAGUUCUUUUCACCUCUUUCAAAGGUGAAGGAUGAACCGCAAAAUGGGAUGCUGGAUUUUAAGGAUAACCACAGUUUUAGGUCAAGGGAUUCAUCUUUCAUAAAUAUGGCUGCCGGAGCAAAUGAGGAGGCUAGUCAUCGUGUAGAAUCGGAUGAAAGGCGGCCACUUCUUCCCACUUAAGGUGAUUCAGGGAUAUAUUGCAGGGUUCUGGAGAAUAAUUCUUUUUGGCUCAAAUGAAUAAAACCGGAAAGGAGUUUCUUUUGCAUCCUCCAUAAAUUCCUUCCAUGUUUGAUGGGUUUCCUGUAUUUGUCGCGUAGAAGCCUCUUCUCAAGGGGGGGGGGGGACUUGGAAUAUAGGCCUUUCAGUUACCGGCCACCCGGGUUUCUGGUGGUGGAAAAAGGUUUUAUGUAAAGGACAGCAACAUGGCUCCAUUGCUGCUCCGUCUCCGCUCUCACAGCCAUUUCAAUACCUUUGGUCAUAUCAAUACACUCCUGCAACUCCUAUUUGUAAUUCUUUUUGUUUUUUCUUUUGGACCUUUUUCUUCUGUUUUGGGUUUUCCCAUAGACCAGGGUCCAGGUAUAGACCACUUUACACUUCCUCUUAUUGCUUCAGAUGUAUCAAUUUUUUAAAAUAUUAUAAAAUCUAUCAUGGAUUAGAAUUUUGAUAA